CUAUCGGUCGAAAUCUGAACGAAGGAACGCUCGGACUCGGACUUGUUCGGUUCGGACUCUUCGUGUAGAUCUUUCGCUGAAAAUGACGAAAGGUACAUCCAGUUUUGGUAAGCGGCGUAAUAAGACGCACACAUUGUGCAGGAGAUGUGGACGCAGUUCUUAUCACAUCCAAAAGUCGCAAUGUGCUCAGUGCGGUUACCCAGCUAAAAAGAUGCGUUCGUACAACUGGUCGGUGAAAGCAAAGAGGAGGAAGACCACUGGUACUGGCCGUAUGCGUCAUCUUAAGAUUGUUCGCCGUAAAUUCAAGAAUGGAUUCAGGGAAGGCUUGCCAAAACCCAAAGCUGUUGCAGCUAAGUAAUCCACGACUAUCCAUAAUUAAGUUGUAAAAUUUCGACUACCAAUAAAAAAGUUUUAAAUGCAA